AUGCCACAUGAGUCUCCAUACCCCCCUGUUAAGAUCCCGGUCCGUCCGUACCAUGAAUUGCUACUGGAUUCCAUCGACAAAACAAUUGCAGAGGGAAAGAAUAAGAUUGCUUUUAUAAGCGGAGACAAUCCGAACUACUCUCUUUCUUAUGAACAACUUCGUAAAGAUGCGUUUGCUGUGGCAGUCUAUCUGCAUAACAUUGGAUUCAAGAAAGACGUCGCCGCAGUGGUUCUUCCCAAUGUCUGGCACUACGCUUCCUUUUUCAUUGGAUGUUCCAUCAACGGAGGAGCUGUGUCUGGUGCUUCUGCUUUGUUCACUGAUUACGAACUUCAACGUCAAUUCGUGGAUUCUCGUGCCAAAGUUGUUCUCACCUACGAAGAUUUCCUUCCAAAAGUUCUUCUGGCAGUUAAACAAUCUCCCAACAUCCAAAAGAUUAUCGUAAUUCCAAAACCAGUUGGAUCUUCUCUUCCAUCUGGUGUUGUCUCCUGGCAUGAAGUCGUUUCUACUCCAGUCACAGCUCUUCCCCAAGUCCCAAUCGAUGUGCAUAAUGAUUUAUUGGUGCUUCCAUAUUCCAGUGGAACCACCGGACCACCAAAAGGAGUCAUGCUCUCGCAUUACAACUUUACCUCAAUGAUCUCUAUGUAUCUCGCAAUCGACAAAUCCCACAACUUGGAUGUUCUCGAUCCUAACUGGGAUUGUUACAAGGAGAAGGCUCUUCUUUUCCUUCCAUUCUACCAUGUUUAUGGAUUCGGUCUCCUCAACCAUUGUAUUCUCAAAGGAAUGACUGGAGUUGUCAUGAGUCAUUUCGAGCCAAACAACUUCUUGACUGCUGUUCAAAACUACAAAAUCCGAAUUCUUUGUCUUGUUCCCCCAAUCAUGGUGUUCUUGGCCAAACAUCCGAUUUGUGCAAAGUUCGAUUUGUCUUCUAUUCAAAUGAUUAUGGCUGGUGCCGCUCCUGCCGGAAAAGAUUUGAUUGAAGAGUUGAAGAAGAGGUAUCCAAACAUGAAGUACAUUCAACAGGGAUACGGAAUGACUGAGUGUUCGAUGGCGAGUCAUCUUCCAGAUUUGAGAAAUAAUCAACCAUACGGAUCUGUUGGAAAAUUGGCAUCGAACUUGGUCAUGAGAAUCGUGGAACCAGGAACUGACAGAGAGCAACCAGUGAACCAAAGAGGAGAAAUAUGUGUUCGUGGACCUACUGUCAUGCUUGGGUACCUCGGAAGACCAGAAGCCACAGCUUCCACUGUUAUCGAUGGAUGGCUCCAUACGGGAGAUAUCGGAUACAUUAACGAAGAUGGAAACCUCUUCAUUGUAGACAGACUCAAGGAACUCAUAAAGGUCAAAGGACUUCAAGUACCACCUGCUGAACUUGAAGAUCUUCUUCUUUCUCAUCCAAAGAUUCGCGACUGUGCAGUUAUUGGAAUCCCAGACGCCAAGGCUGGAGAACUACCGAAGGCAUUCGUUGUGAGAGCUGAUAACACGCUGACAGAGCAAGAAGUCAAAGAUUUUGUCAAACCAAAAGUGUCUCCCUACAAGCAGCUGGAAGGAGGUGUUGAGUUCAUUGAAGAGAUUCCAAAGUCUGCAGCUGGAAAGAUUUUGAGACGAUUCUUGAGAGACCGAUCGACUGCCAAGCUUUAA